AUGAACUUGGUUCAUUUUUUUGGUGUACUAAUUUUUGGCGGGCUGGUUUGUUUCCUGCAGUACGAUCCUCAUGUGAUUCUGAAAACCAGCUGCAAACGAGCAACCAUGUAUAUCCCACUUUUAGGAAGAAUAUCAAUAUUGGAAUGGCCGGUGAUUAUUAUAUCGUUUAUUCUAUCAUGGCUCGAGUAUGUCGUAUCCACAAUUACAAACAUUCUUCCUCGAGAAGUGAUCGAUUUUUUUACAGCUACCGUUUCGUUGUUAUAUAAAUUGACACCAAAUCCCAUAACUUUAAUACUGUCUUCCCAAAAAGAAUCGAGAGAUGGUCAGGUAUCAUACAAAUACUUCUAUAAGCGUGCACCUGCGGUCCAUAAAGGAGAACAUGAACGAAUGGUGGAUAUUCUUAAUGCUGCGGACGUGCAAGAAAUGUGUCAAAUCCAUGGUUAUGACGUGGAAAACCGCAUAGUUCGUACGAAGGAUGACUACUUGUUGACCAUCCAGCGGAUAAUCAAACCUGGGGAGCCCAAAAGAAGGUCGAAUGGAAGGGUGGUAUACUUCCACCAUGGACUAUUAAUGAGCUGUGAAGUAUGGGUUACCAUGGUUCAGACCCACCAAAACUUGCCGUUUUUGCUUUAUGAUUUGGGGUAUGAUGUGUGGUUGGGCAACAAUCGAGGAAACAAGUAUUGUCAGAAACAUUUAAUUUUCCCCAUCAAAUCGGAACGAUUCUGGAAUUUUUCCAUCGAUGAAUUUGCCAUGUUCGAUAUUCCCAAUUCCAUCGACUACAUCCUCAACGAGACAGGUGCAAAGACCCUCACGUAUAUUGGCUUCUCUCAGGGAACAGCCCAAGCUUUUGCUGCCGUUUCGAUCAACCCAGAUUUGAACAAGAAAGUGGAACAAAUCAUUGCAAUAUCCCCUGCUACAACACCACAUGGCCUCUAUUCACGGUUCCUUGAUAUCCUCCUCAAAUCGUCACCAAAUAUUGUGUAUCUCUUGUUUUCAAGAAAAACGCUUAUGCCAUCAGUAUUCUUUUGGCAACAAAUCAUGUAUCCGCCAUUUUUUGACACAAUGAUCGACAUAUCCAACUAUAUCUUGUUCAACUGGAGGGCACAUAACAUUACCAAGCUUCAAAAGCUCUGUUCUUACGCACACUUGUACUCGACAACUUCGGUGAAAACUGUGGUUCAUUGGUUCCAAAUCAUCGGCUCAAAGAAAUUUCACAUGUACCGAGACAACGCAUCGACAAUUGGCGGAUCCACCUCGAUAACGUACCCGCUCAAAAGCAUAAAAAUACCGAUUCAUUUGAUAUACGGAACCACAGAUUCACUAGUCGAUAUCGAUGUGAUGUUGAGCCAGCUUCCCAAUGAAAAUACCACUGCGCAGCCCGUAGAAAACCACGAACAUUUGGACAACAUAUGGGGUUACGAUGUCAAGCAAAAAGUGUUUACUCAUGUUUUGAAUUACCUUGACGAGGCUUUACACGCAUCACCUCCACUGCCCGUAGAACGUAUUGAGCAGUCGUAUUUAAAGGCAAUUGGAAGUGGAGAUGAAUCUUCUACGCUUCACAAUGAUAUCAAAGAGGUGGAAUUGAGCUACCGAAAGCCGUCUGCGAGUGGAUCAUUGUUUCUUUAG